AUGACCAGAGCAAUUAGGAAGGGUUUGAGACCAGGGGCCGGUGGGGCAGCUACCUCUUCCCCCAGUCUCUGCUUUCCCACCAGCAGAGUCCUUGAAGCUGGUGCCCCAAGCGGGUGGGGUUGGGCCGGCAGCUCUGACCUCAUAAGGCCCCGGAAUCCGGUGCCCGGGAGAUGGCAGGGAUUCCGCAACAGCAGCAGCAACAGCUCAGACCGGCCCCCUCGGCUGCGGGAUGGGAAGCUGGCUGUCCUGUUUAGGAAGCAGCAGCAGCUGGAAUGGAAGAGGACCUCCGCCCACCCAAGGGGAGCCCAGACCCGCAACCGGGUUGUGGCCCUGGGGGAGCCCCACCCUCAGCAGCUGCUUUUAGCCAAGGAGGGGGCCGAGCCAGAUUUGGAGGUGCUUAGCAGGGCCUUCUGGGUUUGGGCCUCCCGCCGGACCCAGGGGCAUAGCCCCCUCCGCUCUGUGGGGCUGCGGCUGCCCUGCCCCCCCCUUCCUGGGCUGCCAUCCCUCUACCAACCUCACCAUGCCCUCCUUUCCGCUCUUCCUGUAGGCCCAGCUGUGACAGCAGCCCCGAGUGGGCCGAGGGCCGGCUGGAGGAUGCUGGAGGAAGGGGGAUUUGGCACCUGGGAGUCUCCCGUGGCCCCUGUUCCGCUGACCUUUCUUGCUCCCCUCAGCAGCCUUCCCAGGAAGAGAGAAGAGGCAGAAGAUGCGAGGCCGCCUUCGCCUCCUCCUUCGCCUCCGCCUCCGCCGGCCUCCAGGUCCGGGUCCGGUUUCCUCUACUCCGAAGCCCCGCCGCCCUCGGCCACCCUCACAGCGGAACGGGCGCCGGGCCCCACGCUCAGCCUGGAGGCGCUGCAAGAGCGGCUGGAGGCGCUGAAGGCGCUGCAAGGCCAGUACCUCCGGGGGCAGCUGCGGAUCCGACGCACCUGCCGGGAUUUCCCGCGCGCCCUGCGCGCCCUCAGCCUGCAGAUCUGCCGCAGCCGCCGGAGACUCAUCCGCGCCGAGGUCCGCCUGCAGCGCCGGGAAAAAGAAGGCGCUUUCCAGGGGUGCCCGUCCCCGCCCCCGUCGGAGCUGCUGGGCUUGGCCUCCCCGCGCCAGGGUCUCUCCGCCGCGGCGACGCUCUCCAGCUGCUCCCUGCUGCUGUUCCCCGCGCCGCACGCGCCGCCGGCCCCGCCCCCGCUGCCGCCGCAGCUCCCGGACCUGCACGAGGCGCUGGAAACCUUUCUGGAGCGCCAGGCGCGCCACCUGCACGAGCGUGAGUGCGGCGGGUGGGGGUCGCCUUCCUGGGGCAAGCCGGCCGGUGGCUGGAGGGGUCCCCGGGGCCGGGCCGGAGGGCUCCCUGCUCCGCGGCCGAGGAAGCGCAGCGGGGCCAGGGAGAGAACCCCGCGCGCUCGGCCUCGCCUUUGCGCCCCGGCUCCGGAGGCCCUGGGGCAGGCGAGCAGGGCUCCCGGAGCGGCGCUGCGGGAAGGAAGGGAUGCUGGCCGGCGGAGCCCCGAGGGCUGUCUUCUGCUUCCCCGCUCCCGCUCCUCAGGCCAGCGGGACUACCGGAGUUGCCAGGAGUGCCUCCGCUCCAUCAAAGCGCUGCGCGGGCAGUUGCGCCGAGUGCGGAGCCGGCUCUGGAGGGUGGAGGCCGAGCUGGGCAUCCAGGUCCCCCCGCGUGAGCUCUGCGCGGACGACCAAGAAGAGAAAGAGGAGGAGGACGACGACGACGACGACGGCCCCCCCUGGAUGCCCCCCGCGCUGCCGGUUGCCUGGAGAGAAGAGGCGAGGGGUCCGAGCGCGCCGCCCGCCGCCGCCCAGAGCGCGCCCCCAGCAGAUCCAGCGACUGAGCUCUCUGCCUGCCCUCAAUAA